GGGGGGAGAGAUAGAGAAGUUGGACAGAUAUUGUGGUGGGGUGCAAAAUAUAGCGAGGAACUUUCAAUUCCUCUUCCAUUACGUGCACAUUUCCUUUUCAAAUACUCUCGUUUAUUGGCACUUGUGACAACCGCGGACUCGGGAAGAAGUCAAAGGUUUUACGCAAGUUAGCAAAUUUUACAAUACACUAUCUUUAGUAAAAAGCGUCUGAAGUGCCUGAUCAGUGUUCCUCAAUUUGUUAUAUGCCUAAUUGGACCUCAAUGAUUAUUGGGAACCAAAUAAUAUUUCAUUGUGCAGUCAUAAGGAAUACUACUAUUGAUUUUCGUCUCAUGAAUAUCAUCUCAUUUAUGUUUUCUGUAUAGGAAGCAUUAUCGGUAGUCUCGGACGACCAGACGCUAUUUGAGAACACAUACCGUGAGGUGAAUAAGUCCAACACUAUCGUCUCGUCGCCACACAGCACCCACAUCCUGACAACACCUGUCCACAAGCCUAAGCUAUCCGUGGUUGCAUCGCCCACCAACGAGAGCCACAUCUGGAGCUCGUGCGUACAGGACCAAAGGAUGAAACAAGAGAUUGAGCAGCCCACUUCCGGUGCCCACGAUGGGCUUCCGGGGCCACAGGUCAGUCGCGGGGGACCCGAGUCGCCGUUGGAUUGUAGCGUAGCGAAACCCCGCCAGCAACCUCCUCCCCACGGAGCGCCACAGGGCACCAUCAACGCGGAGCCAACACAGGCCGCGCCACCAUAUCCGUCGUGUCCGCCACAGCCGUACCUGGGUACCACGGGUUCCACGCCCGAGGAACGGUCGGCUUCAGCGGGUACCACGGGAAGGUCACCGCCACCAAAUGUCACCACCAAUGAGAAGAGGGUCAUCGUACCUGCUGACCCUAACAUGUGGACUGCUGAGCACGUACAGCAGUGGGUCCAGUGGGCGGUCAGGGAAUACUCCCUGGUGGAUGUCCAGGUGUCCAGGUUUAACAUGGACGGGAAACAUCUUUGCAAGAUGACCAGAGACGACUUCAGCAGACUGACCAACAACCUCAACGUAGAUGUCCUCAUCUCACAUCUAACCUUCCUUAAACAAGGUUAUACACCAGGGGCCAAGAGCAAUCUGGAUGACAACAAAUACAACACUGCAGACCAUCAGACCACUCUGGACACGAAUCCAUCAGGUGGGUCAGCCUUUCCUUAUCCUCCUUCCACUACUACCACUGUUGACAGUGUUCACCGCAUGCCUCGCACAG